AAAAGCCGCGAGCGCCGCGCCACGGCGCCGCCGCCGCCGCCGUCGCCGCCGGAGUCCUCGCCCCGCCGCGCUGCGCCCGGCUUGCGCUGCGCCCGCCGCUCCGCUUCCCACACCCCGCCGGGGAUUGGCAGCCGCCGCCGGACAUCAGCAGCCACAGGCUCCGCCACCGACCCGAACGACCUCGCGGCGAGCGGCGAGCGUCUCGCGGAUUACUGGGGGCUCCGAGGCACCAGCGCGCCGCAGACCUCGCGCGGGCUGGAGCGCCCGGCCGUGCGCGCCACUGCGCCGUGGCCUCAGCUGCCCGGGCCGCGCCAGAGCCGAGGACCGGCGCGCAGAGCGCCGGGGAGCCGGGAGCCGAGCCGGAGCGCCGCGAUGCCGAUCACCUACUGCCGGAGCUCGGGGGCCUGCGACGCGCCGGCCGACGUGUGAGCGGACCCCAGGCUGGCCACAAAGCGCACCGCAGCUUGGCCCGGGGGCUAGGAGAGCUAGGGGAAAGCGCGGCCACCCGCCUUGGCGGCCCGGGACUCGGCUCCACUCGCCGGAGAAUGCGCCCGAGGACGCCGGAGCGCCGGAGCCGCGGGGGUUUCAGCUGGUUAGCGCUAAUGGGGGUGCGCUGGAGUAAGGCAGAGUGAUGCGGGGGGGCAACUCGCCCGGCACCGAGAUCGCCGCUGCGCCCUUGCCCGGACCUGGCGUCUCCCAGGAUGGCUGCCCCGAGCCAUGGGCCGCGGCGGAGCUAGCGCGGAGCGUCCGACCCUCGCCCCCCGAGUGCCGCAGCCGGCCCCGCGCGGGGCCACGCGUCCCGCGGGCGCUGGUUCCUAAGGACAACGACAGCACCAGCUUUUCCUCUCUCCCUUCCCUUCCCUUCCCCGCACUCCUCCCCCUGCUCGCUGUUGUUGUGUGUCAGCACUUGGCUGGAGACUUCUUGAACUUGCAGGGAGAAUAGCUUGCGCUCCCCACUUCGCUUUGGUGCCUUUGCCCCAGCGGACCCAGCCUCGCCGUCUCUGAACCCCGCGCACCUCCACUCCGCCGCCGGGCCCGACCCCGAGACGCCGUUCCCUGCGCGAGGAGAAGGACUGCCCCGCCGGCACCCGGGAGGAGGAGGUGGCAAAGGAAGGGAACCCAGUCCCUGUGCCAGGUCCUUCGACCAGAGCUUUUUCCAUGUGGAGGCUCUUUCAAUGGACGUGUCCCCGCGUGCUUCUUAGACGGUCUGCGGUCUCCUAAAGGUCGACCAUGGUGGCCGGGACCCGCUGUCUUCUAGCGUUGCUGCUUCCCCAGGUCCUCCUGGGCGGCGCGGCCGGCCUCAUUCCCGAGCUGGGCCGGAGGAAGUUCGCGGCAUCAACUGGCCGCUCCUCGUCCCAGCCCUCGGACGAAGUCCUGAGCGAGUUUGAGUUGCGGCUGCUCAGCAUGUUCGGCCUGAAGCGGAGACCCACCCCCAGCAGGGACGCCGUGGUGCCCCCCUACAUGCUGGACCUGUAUCGCCGGCACUCGGGCCAGCCGGGCGCCCCCGCCCCCGACCACCGGCUGGAGAGGGCAGCCAGCCUCGCCAACACCGUGCGCAGUUUCCACCACGAAGAAUCUGUGGAAGAACUGCCUGAAAUGAGUGGAAAAACAACCCGGAGAUUCUUCUUUAAUUUAACUUCUAUCCCCACCGAUGAGUUUAUCACCUCAGCAGAACUUCAGGUUUUUCGGGAACAGAUGCAGGAAACUUUGGAAAACAAUAGCAGUUUCCAUCACCGAAUUAAUAUUUAUGAAAUUAUAAAACCUGCAACAGCCAACUUGAAGUUCCCUAUGACCAGACUUUUGGACACCAGGUUGGUGAAUCAGAACACAAGCAGGUGGGAGAGUUUUGACGUCACCCCUGCUGUGAUGAGGUGGACCGCACAGGGACUCACCAACCACGGAUUUGUGGUGGAAGUGACCCACUUGGAGGAGAACCAAGGUGUCUCCAAGAGACACGUCAGGAUUAGCAGGUCUUUGCACCAAGAUGAGCACAGCUGGUCACAGAUCAGGCCACUGCUAGUAACUUUUGGCCACGACGGGAAAGGGCACCCUCUCCACAAAAGAGAAAAGCGUCAAGCAAAACACAAACAGCGCAAACGCCUUAAGUCCAGCUGUAAGAGACACCCUUUGUAUGUGGACUUCAGUGACGUGGGGUGGAAUGACUGGAUCGUAGCUCCCCCAGGGUACCAUGCCUUUUAUUGCCACGGGGAAUGCCCUUUUCCCCUGGCAGAUCACCUGAACUCCACUAAUCACGCCAUUGUUCAGACGUUGGUCAACUCUGUUAAUUCUAAAAUUCCUAAGGCAUGCUGUGUACCAACGGAACUCAGUGCUAUCUCCAUGCUGUACCUUGAUGAAAAUGAAAAGGUCGUAUUAAAGAACUAUCAGGACAUGGUUGUGGAGGGUUGUGGGUGUCGUUAGCACAGCAAAAUAAAAUAAAUAAAUAUAUAUAUAUAUAUAUAUUUUAGAAAAAAGCAAAAAAAAAAAAAAACCAAGUUGACACUUUAAUAUUUCCCAAUGAAGACUUUAUUUAUGGAAUGGAAUGGAGAAAAAAAAAAACAGCUAUUUUGAAAAUAUAUUUAUAUCUACGAAAAGAAGUUGGGAAAACAAAUAUUUUAAUCAGAGAAUUAUUCCUUAAAGAUUUUAAAAUGUAUUUAGUUGUACAUUUUAUAUGGGUUCAACCCCAGCACAUGAAGUAUAAUGGUCAGAUUUAUUUUGUAUUUAUUUACUAUUAUAACCACUUUUUAGGAAAGAUAGCUAAUUUGUAUUUAUAUGUAAUCAAAAGAAGUAUUGGGUUUGUACAUAAUUUUCCAAAAAUUGUAGUUGUUUCCAGUUGUGUGUAUUUAAGAUGAAAAGUCUACAUGGAAGGUUACUCUGGCAAAGUGCUUAGCACAUUUGCUUUUUUGCAGUGCUACUGUUAAGGUCACAAGUUCAAGUCCAGAAAAAAAAAAAAAGUGGAUAAUCCACUCUGCUGACUUUCAAGAUUAUUAUAUUAUUCAAUUCUCAGGAAUGUUGCAGAGUGGUUGUCCAAUCCAUGAGAACUUACGUCCUUAUUAGGUGGAAUAUUUGGAUAAGAACCAGACAUUGCUGAUCUAAUAUCGAAACACUUUACUACCCCUUAAUUUGCAGAAAGAAUAAAGCAGGACCAAUAGAAAUAAUUGGGAAAAUGAUGAACCUGCAGGAAAGUGAAUGAUGGUUUGUUAUUCUUCUUUCCUAAAGUAGUGACCCCUUCAAAGGGGCUGGUCUGGCCAAAGUAUUAAAUAAAACAUAAGAUUUCUUUGUUAUUAAUAUUGUGGUCAUGUAUAUUUAAAAUUGAUAUAUAAUGGCUCUCAUGAAGAAUUGGAAAUUGAUUUGUAUUUAACUUUUACCUCAUCUGGGAGCUCUUUAUGCUCAGAAGGGCCCAGUUUUCUAAGUUUGUCCAACACACAGAAAAAUUGUGCCCAUCAUGUUUUCUGCCCACUGCCUAUUCUCUGUUCGAUCAGCUUGCUUUUCUUUCCAAGGUUAUGUGUUUGAACACAUUUCUCCAAAUGUUAAACCUAUUUUAGAUAAUAAAUAUCAGAGCUCUGGCAUUUCAUUUUAUAAAGUCCAACCUGUAAGAAAAUGGUGCAUUUGUACAGCA